CUUCCACAACAUAUUUUCUGUUGUUUCAGAAUUGCGGCAACGAGAGAAAUCCCGGAACUAUAGGCCUAUCCGUGGGAUGAAAAGUCUCGUAUCAACGCUAGAGGGAAAUACCCGACCGAGGACCAGGUAGCAAGCCAUGGCUACUGUGCAGGACUCCAUCUACAUGAAAUCCGCUGAUCUUAUCAAAAAGGAGCCUCUGGACUACGGUGGAUUCGGUACAGUGUAUCUGUGCUAUCACAAAACCCUCGGCCAGGUGGUUCUGAAGACCGUCUACACCGGGCCACCGCGUAAUGAGGGCAAUAAGCAGUCCCUGCUAGAGGAGGGCAGCCUGAUGAGCAGACUGAACCAUGAACGGGUGGUCAAACUGCUGGGGGUGAUCCUGGAGGAUGGGGACUACUCUCUGGUCAUGGAGCUCAUCCCUAAAGGCAACCUGCUGGCCAUGCUGGACCGGGUGCCUGUGCUGAUAUCCAUCAAGGGCAGGAUCAUACUGGAGAUUCUGGAGGGGAUGGUGUACCUGAUGAAGAACCGUGUCGUACACAAAGAUCUCAAACCAGAAAACAUACUGGUGGACAAGGAUUUUCACAUCAAGAUUGCAGACCUGGGCCUGGCCACCUGUCAGACGUGGAGCAGGCUGACUAAGGAGGAGUCUCGCAGGCAGAGCCGGCUGGGGCGUCCCGGGUCUGGGGGAGGGGGGGGCAGGGCAGCUGGUACUCUGUGCUACAUGGCUCCUGAGCACCUGGACAGCAUCCACACACGCUCCUCUGAGAAGUCUGACAUCUAUAGCUUCGCUAUUGUCGUAUGGGUCAUCCUCACUGGCCGUGAGCCAUAUGAAAAUGCUCGGAGUGAGGACCAUAUCUGCCAGUGUGUCCGUAAAGGUGAUCGUCCUGAUGAAGACCUCAUCCCUGAUGAUACGCCUGUAGAGAUCAUAGAGCUAAUGAAGAGAUGCUGGCAUCAGGAUCCACAACUACGACCAACAUUCGAAGAGGGCUACAACACCUUCCUUCCCGUCUACAGGGAGAAGUUAGAGCCAGAUGUAGAGAGGGACUCACUUGGUCUCAGAGACUUGUACGAGGGGCCAGAGGAGCUGGUGGAGAAGAUGAAAUCAUUAUCCAUGCCCCCUGAGAGCCUCAAAGGAGACCGGCCGGCUCCCUUGCUGACCUCAGACGGUGCUGGGGCUGUCCGUGUAGAGGCUGGUCCAGUGGAGGCCAGCAUCGAGGACCUGAACCUCUUCCUCCCCUGUGAGACCUCCCUAAUCCAGCCAAAUGCCUGGACCCUCGACCCGGUCAGCACCACCUCGGGCAUGGAGCUCAAAAUGGUCAGCGACUGCUCAGCCCUGGAAGUCAAACUAGCCCAGGAGUUGGAAUAUCACAAAUAUGGCAGCUACAGCCGGAUGGAACAGCUUGACUUCAGCCCCUACCCUAACCCUCACCCUGCCACCCCACAGCGCCUCUGCUCACAGGACCCCACCGCCAAUAGAGGGCUCCCCGACCUCAGUCCCUUCCAUCCCUCCACGUCCCCAGUAUCCUCUGUCCAGUCCUGGACCAAAACCCAGGCCGUCCAGCCCAGCAGCGUGGAGGUGGACCCCCACCUCCGUCUUUCUAGCCUAGGCCUGUACGAGGCCGCGGCCCCCUCAGGGGCCACCACCCCCAGGCGCCAGCUUUCCAGCCACAUGCCUGAGUCCUCCAGCAGCCCCUCUCUAAGCCAGGGCCAGUACUCCCCCCAGCAGCAGGAUCCCUACGCCCAGUACUACCGCCUCCAGUCAUUGCCAGCCUACCCAGUGCCAGAGUCAACUGCCCCAGACCUCACUGCAGGGCUGCGCCUGAACUCGGGUGCCAAGGUUAGACCUCCACAGGACCCAGGAGGCCUGUUCAUCCAUAACGCCAGUGGGAUCCAGAUAGGCAGCAACAACACACUGAGCAUCAGGGACCACGAGACUUACAGCAGGUCAGCCAGCUCUCUCUCCAAUGGGGCAAACUCACACUCUCUACUCAAAGAGACCCUGCAGAUGUACGAGGACCAGGCAGUGACUGAAGAGCACCUUGAUCUCCUGAGAGAAAACAUCGGGAAGGAAUGGAAGCGCUGUGCCCGUCGUCUGGGCCUGAGCGAGGUGGAGGUGGACACCAUCGACCAGGACUACCAUCGUGACGGGUUGCCUGAGAAGGUGCACCAGAUGCUGGAGCGCUGGAGGAUGAAGGAAGGCUGUGUGGGCUGCACCGUGGGCCGGCUCUGCAGAGCCCUGGAGAACUGUGUCAAAGUAGACCUGGUAAAGAAGCUUCUUCUUGCCUGCUGGACCAAUACUUCUCCGUAGGUACAGUAGACUGUAUCUAUUCCAGUCCCCCCUACCCCUAACCCAGAGAGAGACUUUCUACUCCAGCACUCCACCCACAGACACCCUUAAAUUCCUACCAACCAAUGUAAUGUGUAAUGUUUGUGAGUUGAGUUGUUAGUAUUGAAUUUUCCUGCCAUAGGAUAUGAGUGUACAGGUUAGAGUUCUCAUUCACAGCCCGAACCCGACAGGACCAGUCCUCAAAUUCUGUGAAUCUACUGUGCGUGUCUGUGCACCUUUUAGCUUUUUCUCAGCCACAGCAGCGCCAGGAUUCCAAUAUUGGCUGGGCCAGAGAAAUUUGUGGCCAUGAUGAAACUUUUUUUCUGAUGAUUGAAAUGUUUCAAAACUGCAAUACGAAUAAGCUGGAGUGCACUCGGGAGAAUGAUGAUCCACGAGACCACGACAGGCAGCGCAUCUCAGUAUCAGGAGAAGCCCAUAUUCCAAUGGCAUCUUUUAAUGCCGAUACAUCCUAACAAAAUACACCUUAUGACUGCCCUGCUAAUGUGCCUUGCUGGACCUUGUAAACUAUCGAAAGUAGGCCAAAUGUCAAUCAAACAUGCAUUCAAAACACGGCGCUUUUGAGUGAUUAUUCAAAUGGUCGUUUGGCAGAAAAUCAAGUUAUUUAUUUAUUGUUUCAUUAUUCAACACUCCCUUUGUUAUUUCAUUUCAAAAUAAAAUGCUUGAUUGUUUUAAAGGCA